GUUUUUACGGACCGUGAUUUUGUGUGCACCAUUUCGCACUGGUAGAGGUGUAACUGAUGGAAGAGGAACGUCAAAGCGGAUUGCAUUAAAACCAUAAAAAAAGAAACUGAUUCAAGUGUAGUGUGUGAUGAGGAUUCAAGAGCAGGAUCGACUCGUGAUGGAGCAGGUGCCUGAGGACGCUGUGGGCAGGCGGGUGUUGUGUGAUGGAGAACGGGCCACGGUGCGAUACGUCGGGACAGUUCCACCUACCGCAGGAUUGUGGCUUGGUGUGGAGUGGGACAAUCCAGAGAGAGGCAAACAUGAUGGAAGCCAUGAAGGAGUUCGCUACUUCACCUGCAGUCACCCAACAGGUGGCUCAUUUGUGCGACCUAAAAAAGUCAGCUUUGGCGUGGACUACCUGUCUGCAGUAAAGCAGCGCUAUGAGCUGGAGCUGGAUCAGGCCAUUGGAGAGGAGGUAACGAUCUCCACCAAGACUGUGAAGAUGGUCGGCUUUGAGUCCAUUCUGGAAAAACAGCGGGUGGAGAAUCUGACAGAGAUCGCUCUCAUAAACUGUGAAGUGUCAGGUCCAGGGCCUGAAAAUGAAAUCAGGAAGAGCACACCGAAUGCAGUUUCUCUGGAUCUCUCUGGAAAUCUGCUGAGCUCAUGGGAGGUCGUGGCAACAAUUACAGAGCAGCUAGAGGAACUGCAGGUACUCUGCCUCAGCCAUAACCGACUAAGGAUUUCCUCGAACCCAUCCAACCUGAGCCACGCCUUCUCCCAUCUAAGAGUCCUGAUGCUUAACAGCUGUGCUAUCACCUGGUCUCAGGUGCUCCAGUGCGCUCCCAUGUGGCCACAAAUAGAAGAGCUUUUUCUCAACGAUAAUAAUAUAACUGAACUAAAAAGGCCUGUAGAUGUGUUGCAAGGUUUGAAGGUUCUUGACUUGUCCAACAACAGCUUAAUGCAGGAAAGUGUACUACAGUUAUCACAUCUACCCAGAUUGGAGACGCUGAACCUCUGCAGCACAGGACUGUCUGUCAUUCAGUUCAGUGACACGUUACCAGGCACCAAGACUUCAGCGUUCCCUGCACUGAAGAUUCUUUUACUUGAUAACAAUAACAUUUCUGAGUGGGCUGUUAUUAAUGAGCUGGAGAAGCUGAGGGCUUUGGUGCAGUUGUCCUGUAAUCGAAACCCCCUGAUAGAUUUGGAGAAGAACCGCGAGACAACUCGGCAGCUCCUCAUCGCCCGCAUCAGCCAGCUGGAGAUACUCAACAGGAGUCAGGUGCUGCAGGAGGAGAGAAGAGGUGCUGAGCUGGAUUACUGUAAGAAGUUUGGUCGUGCUUGGCUGCAGGCUGGAGGCCACAGUGAUCCGCAACUGAACCGACCCAGUGCAGAGUUUAUAGCACAGCACCCUCGCUACCUGACGCUCAUCCAGAAAUAUGGUGCACCUGAGGAAGAGGAGCUGAAGGAGCAGAAACCUUUUGCUCUGAAAGACCAACUGCUGACGAUUACGUUCGAGUGUCCUGAGGACACAGACAGGAAACCCAUACAGAAGAAGCUUCCAGGCUCAAUGAUCGUUCAGAAAGUGAAGGGACUGCUGUAUAGAUUAUUGAAACUACCAGGUGCUGAGCUACACCUCACCUACACCAGCUCAAAGAUGGCAGGUAAAGAGAUCAGUAUCGACAAUGAUCUGAAGCCACUGCAGUUCUUCUCUAUAGAAGAUGGGGACAGAAUUCUGGUGCGCUGGUCCUGAGGACACAGUUAGAGCCCAGUGGACUCUGGGUGAUGUUAGUCACCUGCCAUAACACGCUAAUACAGAAUGCUGCACAACGUGAACUCCUCCCACUCUUCUCUCCAUCUUUUCCCAAUGUCUGGACACACGCUGAUGCUGGAAGGUCUGCAGAGAGAAUGGUCAUACAUUUCAUGUGUCUCUGUCUGCCUAGGGACAGACAGAAUGAUUUAAUGAAAUAAUGCUUGUAAAUAAUUAAGUUAUGCCUUGAUUUUACAUCUGUAGAGGUUGUGUAGAGAGGAGUCUGUGUUCUCUGUGGUCUUGGAACCUUCUGAGGAAACAUGCUUUGUUCCAUCAUUCCCAUCAAACUGCAGUUAUCCACAGCAGGUGGCUUAGAAGCAGUUGAGUGUGGUGGGUUUGUGUAAGAUGUAUUAGGUUGUGUGGUAUGUUGUUGAAUAUACAACUCUAGUUUCUGGCUAGAAACCAAACCAAAAAUAAUUAACAUCAACCAAUUAUCAGGAUGGAGAGUAAAUCACUAGGUCUGUCAGCUUCUUCUUCUAGCUCUUUGGUUUCUGUUGGUUAAUUGCUACUGUGCUCUCUUCCUCUCUUCUCCCUCUCACUCCCUCUCAUCUACCUCUGGCCCUGUCCCCAAAUUUCAUAAGCAUCAUAUGAAAAUAUUUGAAAUGGGACAAACUAUACCUGCGUGGCUUUUAGUAUACUUUGUGGGGAGCGGUAAAUAUACCCUCUGGUAAACUGAGCAACUGUUAGUAAUUGCUGAUAUUUGAAAAUGAAGUACAGGAGGGUGGGUCAUUAUGUGAACGCUUACAUUUGACAAAUCAGCUAUGUUCCGUAUGACAAGCUCCAUAACACGUUAAUCCACAGAAUACAAUACGAUGUCCGUCCUCCCCCAGGGAUUACUGUACACUCAUACACUUUAACUACUGCAAUACUCUGUAACAAUUUUACCACUUCUCUAAAUAGUACUCUCUUGUUGAAGUAGUACAAUGUUGCACUUCUCUAAAUAGUACUCUCUUGUUGAAGUAGCAAAUUUAAUGGAGGAAUAAAAGAUUUCAGAAAGUC